AUGGCUGCGACAACCUGUACACGAUUCACGGACGAUUUUCAGCUAUACGAAGAGCUGGGAAAGGGAGCAUUUUCAGUGGUGCGCAGAUGUGUCAAGCUGUGUACUGGACAGGAAUAUGCCGCCAAAAUUAUCAACACCAAAAAGCUAUCUGCAAGAGACCACCAGAAGCUAGAGAGAGAGGCCCGUAUCUGUCGCCUGCUCAAGCACUCCAACAUCGUCCGUCUCCAUGACAGUAUAUCAGAGGAAGGAUUCCACUACCUCCUGUUUGACUUGGUGACUGGAGGGGAGUUGUUUGAGGACAUCGUAGCCAGAGAGUACUACAGUGAGGCUGAUGCCAGUCAUUGUAUCACUCAGAUUCUAGACAGUGUUCAUCACAUUCACCAACAUGACAUAGUGCACAGGGACCUGAAGCCAGAGAAUCUGCUCCUAGCCAGCAAAUGCAAGAAUGCUGCCGUCAAGUUGGCCGACUUUGGCCUGGCCAUCGAGGUACAAGGAGAUCAGCAAGCCUGGUUUGGAUUUGCUGGUACACCGGGAUACCUGUCCCCUGAGGUACUGAGGAAGGAGGCAUAUGGCAAACCUGUGGACAUCUGGGCCUGCGGGGUGAUUCUGUAUAUCCUGCUAGUGGGCUACCCUCCCUUCUGGGAUGAGGACCAGCACAAACUGUACCAACAGAUCAAAGCCGGGGCUUACGAUUUUCCCUCUCCAGAGUGGGACACAGUCACUCCAGAGGCUAAGAACCUGAUUAACCAGAUGUUGACCAUCAACCCUGCCAAGAGGAUCACCGCCCAGGAGGCCCUCAAACACCCAUGGGUCUGCCAACGUUCUACAGUGGCGUCCAUGAUGCACAGACAGGAGACAGUGGAGUGCCUGAAGAAAUUCAACGCCAGGAGGAAACUCAAGGGGGCCGUCCUCACUGCUAUGCUGGUUUCCCGGAACUUCUCUGGUAAGUGUUUCCGUCACCACUCCCACACCUACAGUUAG